AUGGAGUGCACCAAGUUCAUGAAGUACACCAAGGUGUUCCCAGGCCAGCUGAGACAUAUAAUCCCUCGGGUGUGUCCUACUGAGGGAGGCGUCCAUGAGGCCAAACCAGAUGCACAAACCACCUCAGUCGACUGGUCUCAGUGUGAAUGGGCAGGGGUUCUGCUCAAUUUCUUAAUCCUUCCACUCCCCUGUUCACUAUCGUUUCAUCUCCCUGAAUCCAACCCACUACUUUCCUUCAAUACUCAGGUCAGAGAAGUGCAUCUUUACACAGAAAACCACAGACGUGGGAUGUUUCUGCAGAUAAAUGCGGAUGGCAGAGUGACAGGAAGUGAUGCUCAGACUCCAUACAGUGUGCUGCAGCUAAAAUCAGUUAAAGCAGGUUCUGUAGUCAUCAGGGGACAGUCAUCUUCCCUGUUUCUGUGUGUGGACAGCGGAGGUCAUCUGAGGGGACAGGGUCUUUACACAGAGGCUGACUGCUCCUUCAGAGAGCUGUUGCUGGCUGAUGGAUACACGCGUUUCCUUUCCUCACAUCAUGGAAUUCCCGUGUCUCUGGCUUCCAGACGUUCCCCAGACCCACACACGGUUCCUUUCACUCGUUUCCUACCACUGAGGAAUACUAUGAGCCUGGAAAGCAUGUCUGAGAACUCACCAAACACUCAGAAACACUUCAGCAUAGACGCUGGUGAUCUUCUUGGGAUAGGUCGAAAUGCUGUGGUUAGUCCUCAACUUUUCACGGACGACUAAAAU